AGUCAACAGAGCUCACAUCAAGAGAAAGAGAGAGAGAGAGAGAGAGACCAUGAGGGCUUCUGUAUUCACGGCUGCGGCUUCCGCGGCGGCGGUAGCCUUGUGUUCCGGAGUGUCGGGGUUUGUCUUCGCACCGCCUCUGCCUGCAAAGCGAGCUGGCGCACCGACGACGGGCAAAGCAUCGGCGUGCGCAUCCACGGCUCCUCGCCUGAGAUGGUCGUCGUCCUUGAAAAUGGCUGCAGACGAAUUCGACGGGGAUGCGGUCCUGGCUUCGGCUCAGGAACGGAUGGACAAAUCGGUGGAGAGCGUGCGGCUUAACCUCGAGACCCUCCGAACCGGGCGGGCAAACCCCAAGAUACUGGACCGCGUUGUGGUGGAGUGUUAUGGGGCGGAGACGCCGCUCAACCAGGUGGCCUCCGUGAAGACCACCAGCGCCACCGCGCUCUUGGUGGAGUCAUACGAUCCGACUAUCCUGGCCGACAUCGCCGCCGCCAUCCAAGAGGCGGACUUGGGCCUUACUCCGAACAACGACGGCACCGUGAUCCGGUUGAACAUGCCGCCCGUGACGGAGGACCGCAGAAAGGAACUCGCGAAGGAGGCCAAGAGCCUUGGGGAAGAGGGUAAGGUUGCGAUUCGUAACAUCAGGCGGGAGGCUGUGGACACGGUGAAGAAGGCCGAAAAGGCCAAGAACUUGGGCAAGGACCAGUCUAAGGAUGUACAAGACGCGAUCCAAAAGCUCACCGACAAGACUACGAAGACCAUAGACGAGAAGGUUGCCGCCAAGGAGAAGGACAUCCUCAAAGUGUAAACGUAUCCACAUCUACGUUAUGUACGAGCUCUACGAAAGCAAGUGUAGAGACCGUCUGUCCCUAGAUAGUCUACGAUAGAGAAGUUGAGUACUUCAUACUAGCGCGUACCGCCGCGCCAUGGGCGAUUUGUUGUGGUCUUCUUAUUCAUCUACAAUUUGCCGCAGCUGGGCUCGAACCCACCCAUUUCGGGGAUGCCCACGGUAAAAACAAUGGUGGCUGACGAGGUCGGUGCGGCGUGGGCGAAAAUGUCUUGGUACGUUCGGGAAUGGCAAGAAAAUUUACUUUCUAAAAAUAGUGUUCCCGUGGGCGGACGACCACUCUUGAGUUCUACGAGGAGGAUCCAAGAAGGAACAUCCAACCAAGCGAGGGACGGUUUCCCUCCCUACUGUUGCUGAGCGGAUGCAUCGAAAGUGCAGGCUUUUUGCCCUGCGACGGGUAACAUUCAUUUGCGAAGUAUUCGCGGGAGGUUGACAGCAGUUGCACGAUCAAUAUGCACUAACACACACGCCACGUAGUAUUUUUUUCCUUUCCACUGGCUUUGAUUUGCAUGCGUGGUUUUAUCGCUACCUGUAAACGGGUUCAGCAUCCCCUUCCUCGUCGUUAUAUAAUGUGACCAAUAUGGAUGCAAGCGGUUCGAGUAAGUGUAGAGAGGAACACACGAACACACUCACCUUGCUGUUCACAACGGUGUUGAUUGACAUUUCUUCUUCUAACGGGUAUUAUUGCAAUAAAUUCAUUGAUUCCAGCAACGUAUUAUCUCGUGUGCCAAGCAAUGUAGAUGGUAGACCCGUAGCUAGCUGUAGAACUGUACUUACAGGUUCGGUUCGAAACCUCGUUUUUUGCUGACAAAUGACACAAUCAGUUAACAGAGCUUCUCGGCCGGAAUUUGUUCGUUGUUCGUUUCACAGGCAGCAGGUACGG